CAACUGGUGAAGAAAGGGAGCAGCAUCUUAACAUGGGGUCGGGCACUACUGGUAAUGGAAGCAAGGAUAAAAAGCACCAGCACAAGUGGGCUCGAAAGCAUGAUGCUGCGCACAAUGGUCAGAUGCUAGUCCAGCAAAUAGAGGCGCAGCUAGCUAUCUUAGGGCCUUCCUUGGCUUUGCCGCCAUUGCUGGCUGAUAUGCUACGAGAGUCCCCCGUGUGGAAGCUGCGCAAAGGGGUAACUCUGAAGCUGAAUCUGCAGCGAAAAGGCGUCCUUUACUGGGAUCUGAUAAAAAUACAAGAAGAUCAAGAACAUUCCUCGUACCAAGAACAUCAGCAUGUCGUGGGCUCCGAGCCGCCUGACAAACGGUUUCAUUUGGGGACCGUUAUGCUGGGCGACCGACAGUCACACACAUACGAGUUGUUUGUGAAUUUGAACGCGAGUAACCGUCAAAAAUUCGGCUCGGUGGCGUUGGUGUACUCAAAUUUCGGGAGUAUUAACCACACCUUUCCGGCGCCAUUUGAAUUACGCUUAAUGUCGACAUUAUUUAUAUUUAUAUUAGUGUCCGUUCUCCUUUCUCAGUAGGCUCAGGAGGCUCAGCAUCUCAACAAUCAGUGUACCCUUUUCCCUUGUAUUGCAUGAAGAGAGAGGGGUCGAGAUGAAUUAUAGAAGCUGACUGUAUAAUUGAAGUCUUUGCGCGUACCCUUUUCCCUUGUAUUGCAUGAAGAGAGAGGGGUCGAGAUGAAUUAUAGAAGCUGACUGUAUAAUUGAAGUCUUUGCGCGUACCCUUUUCCCUUGUAUUGCAUGAAGAGAGAGGGGUCGAGAUGAAUUAUAGAAGCUGACUGUAUAAUUGAAGUCUUUGCGCGUACCCUUUUCCCUUGUAUUGCAUGAAGAGAGAGGGGUCGAGAUGAAUUAUAGAAGCUGACUCUAUCUACUCCAAUUCGCGUCUUUGCGCGUUUUCUCGAGACUGGGGACUUCACCAGACGAGUGCCGGGUUAUCUUUCAGCACAUUGUCGUCCAGAAGACUUGGCCAAGCACAGUGCUGUGACAAAGGACAAAAUUUAUUAUUUCUUUCGUGGGAAAGUUAUAUUUUUUGUGUAAAAUUUUUUUGAAUAUCAAUCAUGCUGACCUAACCUACUUAACCAGACGUAGGACAGAGACCUGCCUCGUUCUCAGUGCGAAUUCGCGCGAAGUACAUGAACGACAACGGGAAAAAAAAACGUAUCAUCUUGCUAGAACAUUAAAUAUUAUAUGGCAACAGCUUGUGAUGUCGGCUGGCAAAUUGCCUUUAAGGGGAACCAAAACAGAGGCACCAGCAUGAGACAUGGUAAAAUGAAAAUGGAUGAUUGUAGUUGUUGAUAUGCUGUUGAUGCCACCAUUUUUCGGGCCCCAUGACCCGCCGUAACCUUUGUUUCUCACCCCAAGAAUGGGUGUAUUUU